GAACAGGGCUGCUAACUGCAUAUCCCGUUCGAACUCACUCGCGCUGUCUCUCUCGCGUUGAAUUUUUGGCAAUAGUGCUUCGACAAGUGUACACCAGUGAACGAAUGGCCGACAUCCGACGCAGUACACUAUAUAGGGAAUAGGGAGCGAUUUCUAACACCCCGCCCGCUGCUAUGGCAGCGAAAGGAAGUACGUAGGAAUCAGGAAGGAGUCAAUCAGGGAGACAUUUUUAAAAGACCACCAUGAAGAGCAAACAAACAGACACCUAAAUAGAAACGCAUGGCAGUAAUACAGUGAAUAUGGAGGUUCCUUCCUACCUGUCCCGGCUCUUGUCUGAGCUGAAUGAACAGCGUAAGAGGGUCUUCUUCUGUGACUGCAGCAUCAUAGUAGAGGGACGUGUUUUUAAAGCACAUCGUAAUAUUCUCUUCGCCAGCAGUGGUUAUUUUCGGGGACUGCUGGUGCAUUACCUGCAGGACAAUGGCCAGCGACACAGCACGGCCUCUCUGGACAUCGUCACAGCUGAGGCGUUCUCCUUCAUCCUAGACUUUCUGUAUUCGGGUCGCCUGGACCUGCGCAGCAACAAUGUCAUUGAAAUAAUGUCAGCUGCGAGCUACCUUCAGAUGACAGACGUGGUGAACUUUUGCAAGGGCUACAUCAAAUCCUCCCUGGAGAUCUGUAACAGGGAGAGGGAUAGACAUAAGGACUUGGAUGAUAGUGAAAACCCAGUUUCAGCCACUAGUGCUCCUGUGGCAUCCACUUCCGAUGCCGACCAAAGGACCUGUCAGGUCACCGAGGCCCUCAGCCCUGAUGACGCCCCAACGGCUGCUGUCUGCACGCCAGCGGCCACCAGUAGUAAAGACUCCGAAGGCGAAAACUCCCAAGGAGCUUUUCCCAACCAUCCUCCCAUGAAUGCUCCACUGAAGAUCAGUCCAGGCCCAGAUUUAGUCAACUCAUCCACCCCAGGUUUGCUUCUAGGUUUGGUGCAUCCCAAAAUAGAGUAUGACCCUGAUGAGGAGGGCGAAUCUUCACGGGAAUCCAAAGACACCACUCUUUAUCAAGGCCCAAAUCAGGACGAGGAGAGAACUGUUAACACUAGCCCAGCUCCAAGUACUGAGCACUCCUCCGUAUCAUUUGCUAACUGCCCGAUGAAGCAGUUUCCAGAUGUGCUGUUCAGAGCCGGGAUGAACCCAAACCGUGAUGAACACUUUUCCCAAAGUUUGGGGUACGUUGGUAGAUUCGGCCGUGGCGACGAUGUGCUCGGUCCUGCGGUGCAUUGUGGGAUGGAGAUUCAGAAUGACUGGUAUGGGGAUGAUCCAGGGAGGCUGCACAAAUGUCCGUUCUGCCCAUACACGGCCAAACAGAAGGGCAUUUUGAAGAGGCACAUCCGCUGCCACACAGGAGAAAGGCCGUAUCCUUGUGAGGUCUGCGGCAAACGUUUCACACGACAAGAACAUCUGCGCACUCAUGCCAUUUCCGUCCAUCGCUCCGCCUGGCCCAUUGUGUGCAAAGGCUGUCGUCGAGUGUUCUCAGGCAUUGUGUCCCAGGGAAUGAAGCGAUUUGGACUUUGUGAUGGCUGCACCGUUGUUACUACAACCAAUGAGGAUCCCUCCUCCAUGAACCUC